UUGUGUGUGUGACAGCAAAAUGAGACCUUUGCCCAGCUUCAUGCUCCAAUGCCGGCCAUUAAUAAAAUCUCUUUGUUACUUUCACUUUGGAGCAAAAGUACUUUUGGAAAAAAGAGAACUAUUACUUUCCAUAAUCCUAAUAAUAAAAUAGAAUAGCAGUUUAGCACAUUUCUAGGCUCAACUUUCAAAUCUUAUAAAUUAAGAUUUGGUUCCAAAUGUUUGAAAGCAUCAUCAAUAGUCUAGGUUUUUCAUUGGUUUUAGUCUAUUUUCUUUGUUAUGUCAUGAUGCCAGGUCAACUUUGGCAAACAUGCGCUAGAAUUUAUUCAAUAAAGAUAUAAAAAGGAGAGCAAAAGAUAAUGAAACUUCAAUAAAUAUAGAGGAAAAGGUCAUAGAGCCAUUUGAAUACAAUCAUAUGGCUGUCCCAUUCCACAAAGAAAUUGAGAGUUGAAAACUUUGUUUAGAAAAGUGGUUUUUUCACACUUAUCUUAACAUGUAAGCAUCAUAGGUAGGAAUAUAUAAGAACAACAAAAUCCAAUUUGUAGGCAAGUGGCAUCAAUUUCACCACAAUAAUCAGAAAAACAAAGAAGUAUGCAUUCACCUCGUUUGAAAGCGGCAACUCAAGUAUGCUUUCAGGGUUGUUGUCCGAAUCCGAUUGCGAAAGGACCGCUGCCAGAGGCGGAGCAGCCUAUCACGAAGACAAGCAGCACGUUGGCUGUUUGCCGUCACAACUUUGCAGCAACAACUGCAUCUUCUCUUUUCCCUGCUACAAACUUCACCAACCAUGAGUCUAUCCCUUCUCUGCAAGAAUCAUUUGGUCAGUUCAUCAAAGCUUACCCCAAGUACUCUGAUACUGCUCCGGUUGAUCAAAUCCGGGCUCGUGAGUACGGCCACCUCGAGCUCUCCAACCAUGUAUCCCUAGAUUACAUUGGUGUUGGUCUUUUUUCCCAAUCACAGGUGAUGUCCCGGUACAGAUCCGCUAUCUCUUCUCCAUCCUCGUCCGAUUUUCCAUUGUUCGGUAUAAGCUUCAAGUCAGUGAGCCUCAAGUCGCAGCUUCUCCACGGCGGAGAAGGGUCGGAAUUGGAAUCCGCCAUCAAGAAAAGGAUCAUGGAGUUUCUAAAUAUCUCACAAAAUGAUUAUGCUAUGGUAUUCACAGUGAACAGAUCAGCAGCAUUCAAACUUGUAGCGGAAUCCUACCCUUACCAAUCCAGCCGCAAACUACUCACGGUCUACGACCAUGAGAGUGAGGCGCUGAGCUCCAUGAUCAGCACAUCGGGGAAGAGAGGGGCCCGCUUCAUGGCAGCCGAGUUCAAGUGGCCAAGAUUGAGGAUUCACUCUGCGAAGCUGAGGAAGAUGGUCGUGAGAAAGAAGAAAAAGAAGAAGCAGAGAGGGCUGUUUGUGUUUCCACUUCAAUCAAGAAUGACAGGAGCCAGCUACUCAUACCAAUGGAUGACCUUGGCGCAGGAGCACGGCUGGCACGUCCUACUCGACGCCUGUGCAUUGGGGCCAAAAGACAUGGACAGCUUCGGCCUUUCCCUCUUCAGCCCCGACUUCCUCAUUUGCUCCUUCUACAAAGUAUUUGGAGAGGACCCGACCGGCUUCGGAUGCCUAUUCGUCAAGAAAUCUGUUGUCCCGAUGCUGGAAGCUUCUGCAGGUGCGGGAAUUGUGUCGAUCACAGCUGCGAAGAACGACUCUUCUUCGUGUACUACAGACACAGAACUCGAACAAAUGGCUAAACUUGAUAUAAACGAAGAAGCUGUAAAGGAAGGCAUUGCUGAGAAGGGAAACAUGGAAUGCAGAUGCUUGGAUCAUGUGGACUCAUUAGGAUUGACAGUGAUCAGCAGCAGAAGAAGGUACCUGAUCAACUGGGUGGUGACUGCGGUGACGAAGCUGCAGCAUCCAAACCGGCUCGACAGCUUCCCUCUGGUGACAAUCUACGGGCCGAGGGGGAAGUUCGACCGAGCCCCGGCAUUGGCAUUCAACAUAUGCGACUGGAAAGGGGAGAUGGUGGAGCCUGCGCUGGUGCAGAAGCUGGCGGAUAGGAAUCACAUAUCGCUCAGCAAUGGAAUGCUGCACCACAUUUGGUACGCGGAAAAGGGAGACGAGGAGAAGCAGAAGUUGUUCGAGAGGAGCUGCAGAGCAAAGAAGAGAGGCGGAAAUGAUGAUCAUAAAAUCAAUGUGGUAACUGCAGCGCUUACUUACUUGGCCAAUUUUGAAGAUGUGUAUAGGCUGUGGGCUUUCAUAGCUCAGUUUCUCGACGCCGACUUCGUGGAAAAGGAGAGGUGGAGAUACACCGCGCUCAAUCAAAAAACCAUUGAAGUAUAAACUGCACACUUAUUUUCACCGCAUUCAUUCAAGUUUCUCCUUGUGAUUUUUCAAUUGUAAAUCCUGACCAAUGGCUUCUGCAUCAACCUAACAUUUUGCACGUGUGUAA